UCCAAACUAGGACUUGCUCAGCCAGAGGCCAGCAGCCUGGAGCUGGAGCCAGAGCUGGGGCUCGCCUGCCCAAGGGACCCCAGGGCCCCACCCGCUCGGCCACCUCGUGCCUGCCACCCUGCCUUCUAGAUCAGCUGUCUGUCUGCCCCUGCCAUGGAGACCUUCUUUAGGACACGCUUCCAGCGGAAGGUGCCUGGCCCUGGGGAGGGCCAGCGGCGGCUCAGCGGCGUGGGGCUGCCCACAGGCAAGGCCCGACGCCGCUCCCCCGCCGGGCAGGCGUCCUCCUCACUGGCACAGCGGCGCCGCUCCAGUGCACAGCUCCAGGGCUGCCUCCUGAGCUGUGGGGGGGGCGCCCGGGUUCCCAGCCGCCGGCGCUCCAGCACCGUGCCCCCUGCCUGCAACCCCCGCUUCAUCGUGGAUGAGGGGCCCACCCUGCAGCCUGCCGCGGCCGGGCCCCAGCUUCUGGGCACACGCCUGCUGUUGGCAGGGCUCGUAGGCAUGAGCGAGGAGGAAGAUGUGGCCAUUGCGGCACCGAGUGCUACCCAGCCAGGCACCAGGAGACUGGGGCCCUCCUCACACCAGGGCACCCUCGCGCCCAUGCUUCGCUGCCUGCGCCGGCGCCGGGCCUCCUCCCACCUGCUCCCGGCUGAUGCGGUGUAUGACCGUGCCCUGUGGGGCCUGCACGGCUACUAUCGGCGCCUCAGCCAGCAGCGGUCUCCAGGCCAGCAUCUCAGCGCGGGGGGCCGAAGAGCCUCGGGCACCCCCGCUGGUGCGCCGAUGCCCGCCUGUGUGCGCCCGCUGUCCCGCAGGCGUCAGGUGGCCCUGCGGCGCAAGUCGGCAGGACCCCAGGCCUGGAGUGCCCUGCUUGCGAAAGCCAUCACCAAGUCAGGCCUCCAGCACCUGGCACCCCCUCCUCCCACUCCUGGAGCCCCAUGCGGUGAGCCGGAGCGGCAGAUUCGGAGCACUGUGGACUGGAGCGAGUCCGCGACGUAUGGGGAACACAUCUGGUUCGAGACCAACGUGUCGGGGGACUUCUGCUAUGUUGGGGAGCAGUACUGUGUAGCUAAGAUGCUGCAGAAAUCAGUGUCCCGGAGAAAGUGUGCAGCCUGCAAGAUCGUGGUGCACACCCCCUGCAUCGAACAGCUGGAGAAGAUAAAUUUCCGCUGUAAGCCGUCUUUCCGUGAAUCAGGCUCCAGGAAUAUCCGUGAGCCAACCUUUGUGCGGCACCACUGGGUACACCGGCGACGCCAGGAUGGCAAGUGUCGGCACUGUGGGAAGGGCUUCCAGCAGAAGUUCACCUUCCAUAGCAAGGAGAUUGUGGCCAUCAGUUGUUCCUGGUGCAAGCAGGCCUACCACAGCAAGGUGUCCUGCUUCAUGCUGCAACAGAUCGAGGAGCCGUGCUCCCUGGGUGUGCACGCUGCUGUGGUCAUCCCACCCACCUGGAUCCUCCGCGCCCGCAGGCCACAGAAUACCCUCAAGGCAAGCAAGAAGAAAAAGAGAGCAUCCUUCAAGAGGAAAUCUAGCAAGAAAGGGCCAGAGGAGGGCCGCUGGAGACCCUUCAUCAUCAGGCCCACCCCCUCUCCCCUCAUGAAGCCCCUGCUGGUGUUUGUGAACCCCAAGAGUGGGGGCAACCAGGGCGCUAAGAUCAUCCAGUCCUUCCUGUGGUAUCUCAACCCCCGACAAGUGUUUGACCUGAGCCAGGGAGGCCCCAAGGAGGCGCUGGAGAUGUACCGCAAAGUGCACAACCUACGGAUCCUGGCGUGUGGAGGUGACGGCACGGUCGGCUGGAUCCUCUCCACUCUGGACCAGCUGCGCUUAAAGCCCCCGCCACCUGUUGCCAUUCUGCCCCUGGGCACUGGCAAUGACUUGGCCCGUACCCUCAACUGGGGUGGGGGCUACACGGAUGAGCCCGUGUCCAAGAUCCUCUCCCACGUGGAGGAGGGCAACGUGGUGCAGCUAGACCGCUGGGACCUCCGCGCUGAGCCCAACCCCGACGCGGGGCCGGAGGAGCGCGACGAGGGCGCCACUGACCGGCUGCCCCUGGACGUCUUCAACAAUUACUUCAGCCUGGGCUUUGAUGCCCACGUCACCCUGGAGUUUCAUGAGUCUCGAGAGGCCAACCCAGAGAAAUUCAACAGCCGCUUUCGGAAUAAGAUGUUCUAUGCCGGGACAGCCUUCUCUGACUUCCUGAUGGGCAGCUCUAAGGACUUGGCCAAGCACAUCCGAGUGGUGUGUGACGGGACUGACCUGACCCCCAAGAUUCACGACCUAAAACCCCAGUGCAUCGUUUUCCUGAACAUCCCCAGGUACUGUGCAGGCACCAUGCCCUGGGGCCACCCUGGGGAGCACCACGAAUUUGAGCCCCAGCGGCACGACGAUGGCUACCUCGAGGUCAUUGGCUUUACCAUGACAUCCCUGGCGGCGCUGCAGGUGGGCGGGCACGGCGAGCGGCUGACACAGUGCCGUGAGGUGGUGCUCACCACGUCCAAGGCCAUCCCGGUGCAGGUGGACGGUGAGCCCUGCAAGCUCGCAGCCUCACGCAUUCGCAUCGCCCUGCGUAACCAGGCCACCAUGGUGCAGAAGGCCAAGCGGCGGAGCGCCGCCCCCCUGCACAGCGACCAGCAGCCCGUGCCCGAGCAGCUGCGGGUCCAGGUGAGCAGAGUCAGCAUGCACGACUACGAGGCCCUGCAUUACGACAAGGAACAGCUCAAGGAGGCCUCCGUGCCGUUGGGCACUGUGGUGGUCCCUGGAGACAGCGACCUGGAGCUCUGCCGUGCCCACAUCGAGAGGCUCCAGCAGCAGGAGCCCGAAGGUGCUGGAGCCAAGUCCCCUACCUGCCAGAAACUGUCCCCCAAGUGGUGCUUCCUAGACGCCACCACUGCCAGCCGCUUCUACAGGAUCGACCGGGCCCAGGAACACCUCAACUAUGUGACGGAGAUCGCACAGGACGAGAUUUAUAUCUUGGACCCUGAGCUGCUGGGGGCAUCGGCCCGGCCUGACCUCCCAACCCCCACUUCCCCCCUCCCCACCUCUCCCUGCUCACCCACACUCCGGUCACUGCCAGGGGAUACGGCGCCCCCUAAAGGUGAAGAGCUGAUUGAGGCUGCCAAGAGGAACAACUUCUGUAAGCUCCAGGAGCUGCACCGAGCUGGGGGCGACCUUAUGCACCGGGACGAGCAGAGUCGAACGCUCCUGCAUCAUGCCGUCAGCACGGGCAGCAAGGAUGUGGUCCGCUACCUGCUGGACCACGCACCCCCAGAGAUCCUUGACGCUGUGGAGGAGAACGGGGAGACCUGUCUGCACCAGGCGGCAGCCCUGGGCCAGCGCACCAUCUGCCACUACAUCGUGGAGGCGGGGGCCUCCCUCAUGAAGACGGACCAGCAGGGUGACACUCCCCGGCAGCGGGCGGAGAAGGCCCAGGACACGGAGCUGGCCGCCUACCUGGAGAACCGGCAGCACUACCAGAUGGUCCAGCGGGAGGACCAGGAGACGGCUGUGUAGCCGCGAGACCCGCGGCCACCAGAGGGGGAGCCCCCCAUCGCCCCCUCACUGCCACAUUCCAGUCGGAUGACCACGGGGGGACCCGUGCCCCAGGGAAGGAGCCCCGUGCUGCCCCCUGCGGAGCUGCCCAGGCCUAGGGCUGGACACUGAGGAGCUGGGGUAUCUCACCUGUGGCCUGAGGCCUCAACCUGACCCCGGGCUGACAGGGGAACAGGAGCCUGCACUGGACGGAGCAGGCCUUUGAGGGGGCUGGGGCUGGACCACUUCAGGGCGGCCCUCAACCUCCCCACCACGGGUGCCCUCCCUGGGCCUUGGGCUACAGGGGGAGGGCAGCGGGGCCGGGGACCCUGUCAGAGAGCCUUCGGGAAGAGGGUUCCUAAGCCACCGGGUUGGUGAGGGCCCUGCCUGAGCCUGGCAGCCUGGGCCCCUCUCCUGCCUCAUCCACCCUCCCCGGGAGCUUCCUCCCGGAAGCGCAGAACCUGCCGCGUUUGCGCCGCUGCCCCGCUUGGUGCCCACCCCUAGAGACCCUCCCCGUGUACCCAGUCAUUUAAUCACCGCCGACUGUGUGGCCUGGGGGUUGGAGUGGGGGCUCUGACAUGUUUACAGCUGGGUGUGACUCAGUAAAGAGGAUUUUUUUCCUUUC